GACAAUUAUAUAUUAAACACAUCCAUUAACACUUAAAAAAUUGCUCACAUAAUAUAAGGUGAAUCCAAAAAUUGCCCAUAUAUAGCCUUUGGGUUUUCUCCGUCUCUUUUCUUUUCUCUCUUUCUCUUUGCUACAUUCACACACUUUAUUUUUUUUAAAAUUUUUUUUAGAAACUUAACUAACUAAAUAUAUGAAUAAAGUAAUUUUCAGAGUUUGGAAUCUCGUAUGCCAACCAACUAAUCUUCCUAUUUGAUAUUUUGAAUAUCAAUCAAUCAUCGAAUCUUUUAUUAUUACGUGCAUCGGUAAUAAUAAUUUUAUUUUAGAAUGAUGUGCAACUGGGGUCCUCCUAAGAUACUGCUACAAAUAUUUGCUCACUAAGAAAGCUUCCCACUUAUACACCCACAUUUUGACUACUCCCACGCCACCAUCCUCCUCCUCCUCUCCAAUCUCCAUCAAUGGCCUCCACAACCACCGACACCACCACCUCCUCAACAUCAUCAUCAUCAUCAUCAUCAUCGACGCCAUUAUUAUCCCCACCGACACCACCACCACCACCACCACCAAGCAUCGACCCGAAGAGCGGCUUCUGCGCCGCGACGCAGACGUUCCGGAGCCUCCUCCCGGCGCCGGCCGCGCUCCCUCCCGCCAGCCUCCCGCUCUCCCUCCCGUCCUUCCUCCUCUCCCUCCUCCCCUCCCCGCCGCCGUCUUCCCACCCCGCCCUCAUCGACGCCGCCUCCGGCCGAGCCCUCUCCUUCCCCGCCCUCCUCUCCCAGUCCCGCUCCCUCGCCGCCGCCCUCCGCCGCUCCAUCUCCCAUGGCGACGUCGCCUUCGUCCUCUCCCCCCCGCGCCUCGACGUUCCCGUUCUCUACUUGGCUCUCCUCUCCCUCGGCGUCGUCGUCUCCCCCGCGAACCCUGUUUCGACCUCUCCGGAGAUCUCCCGCCUCGUCGGCCUCUCGAGACCCUCCGUCGCCUUCGUCACCUCCUCCACCGCCCACAAGCUACCGUCCAACCUCCCCACCAUCCUCCUCGACUCCCCCCGAUUCCGAUCCUUCUUGCAAAUCUCCGAAUCUUAUCCCACAGUGGAGGCCGUUGUGAUCCGCCAAUCGGACUCCGCGGCGAUCCUCUACUCCUCGGGGACGACGGGGCGGGUGAAGGGCGUUUUGCUCACCCACCGCAACCUGAUAUCGGUGACGGCGCUGCUGAUCGGCCCACCGUUAUCGCCGCCGCCGCCUCCGGCAACAUCAGCGGGGGCGACAACGACUACGCUGCUGACGGUGCCGCUCUUCCACGUCUACGGGUUCAUGCUCUGCCUGAAGUCCGUGGCGGCGGGGGAGACGGCGGCGAUACAGACGGAGAGGUUCGAUGCUAAGCGGACGCUGGCGAUAGUCGAGAGGUUCCGGAUCACGCAUCUCGCAUUGGCGCCGCCGGCUGUGCUGGCGCUGGUGAGGAUCCGAGAGGCCGAGGAUGCGGCAGAGGAUGUGAGCUCGCUGCAGGCGGCUUUCUGUGGCGGCGCGCCGAUUGGCACGGAUCUGAUCCGGCGGUUCUCGUCCGUGUUUCCUAAUGUCAGACUGAUCCCGGUUAGCUCUCUGACCGAUUAGUUUGAUCUCCACCAUUUUUUUUAGUUGAGCAUUUUAUAGUACAGCCACCUCAUUACUAAACUAGGCCUUUAAUAACAAUAAAAUCAAACU